AUGUUAUACUAUCAUCGUCCAAUGCCUCAGGACAAGGACAAGCAACGUGGGAAAGCCACUGUUGUCGAUGGGGAUACGCCUGGUCNNCUUCAGGGGGGUCAGCAGGCGGCACCCAGGAAACUCACCGCUGUCGCCUGUAUGGAUUGUCGCAAACGGAAGCGCAAGACAUGGCCGAUGGAGAGCAGGGAAAAGAACAAGNCUGUUCCGACACUCAAAAGUGUGUCGACGUUUGGCAUUGGACAUGCUCACAAUCCAGCAGGUCCAUCUCUGCUCACCAGCAUUCCUCUAUGCGAUUCGACGCGUUCAGAGCGCAGUGCCAGUGUUGUAACGGGCAGUCCGGGCUUAGUCGAUGGAGCGGCCAAGCGAGAAGCAAGUCUAUCACGCCAGGAAUACUCGGCUUCUCCUUGGGCACCCUCACUGUUUGUCGAGAAUGAUGCGCAACACCUGUUGUCUGAGGAUGACUCGUACUCGGACGUACAAAGCCCCAAGCGAAAGCCGUCCAUGCUACUGGAUGGCAACGCCUCAGACUCGACCUACCUCGCGGACGACCACAAGAAUCUAUGGAUCGAUCCAUCUCUAGCCUCGUCGACUGCAAACACAAGCUCAGGUCCACAUUCGGCCGCGUUGGGAAGGCACACAAAGAUGCUCGACAGCCAAAGUGCGAAGCGUGAGUUACUCAAAAACCAAGCUCGUCCUGGCGGUGACAACAUCACCAUAUCAUCAAAUCUGUUCAGCCCUGCCGGAACCGCGCCAAUGUCGCUGCCUCUGAGCCCUGGGUCGCUUGGCGUGGACCUUACGGCACCCGCAUGGGCAAUCACGUCCAUGUACCUUACUGACAAUCUCGAUAUGAUGUCCAGUGUUUACAUCGACUUCAUCAACGAAGCUAAAAGACUCCUCGCCUCUGGUGUCGCUCCGGAUCGCUUGUUCGGUCUCCUUCCAGACGUCGAAGCUCUCAUCAGCGAGUCUGCUUUCCGACGAGCUUCUUUCUUGUCUCAGUGGACCGCAAGACUCGCCAAUAGCUUUGGAAUCGAUGCACUGCCGUGUCGCAUGGCAGUUAUGUGGCUCCAAUGGCUCCUCAUGCGAUGGAUCGUUCAUCCAAUCCCGUCGACCUAUCUCGCCAUUCCAGAUUGGUACAGACCAACACCCUAUCAGAUGUUUGUUCCACAUGCCGUAUACGCCGACUUCCAUAUCUGGCCAAGACUUCGAGAUGCAGUCAUUCAGCGUGUUGAUCUGCAGCGUCAACCCUUGUAUUGGUACUCCGAGGCAGCUACCACGCUCGACUGCAAUUGGCCUGGUAGCGAUCAAGAUGCUGUGUCCUACGACAUGCAUGGCAGAAUGACGCUUUCAACACCAUUUGUCCAGCACUUGACGGAUCUUGGCAAUUGGAGCGUUGGCCCUUGCAUCCGAAAGCAUAUUCCAGAUGCAUGUACUGUGCUCCAGAUCAAGUACAGUCCU